CCGACCUAGGUGGAAGUCCUCGAGACAGGAAUAUUUUCUUACCAUUGAGCUUCCAAACAAUUUGGAAAGAGACCAGAGAAGGAGUUUAUAUUCGCUCCCCCCCACCGGUCGAGUCAUUUAAUUUUCGGGCUGCAGUCGUCGAGACCUCACAGGCUAUCUCGGCUGCAAUCACAGUAUCGACUUUAUUGAAGGAACACGCCGCAUAUUCUGCGGUUGUUUAGAUGCGGAAAUGAGGCAGGUUCGAUAUCGACUAUCGGUUAUACCGUGGACAAUGUUUUUGGCACGGUCAUGGAAACCAUAUAUGGUUCAGGCAUGGACAACAUUCGAUAGACAUCCAGGAAUUCAUUCUUUUCCAGGCAAUUUAUGGCUACACGGAGGCACCAACCGGCGUGCGCGGCGCUACUUGACGAUGCGGGUUGGAGAUGCAGAUCGAAGGAGAGAUGGAUCGCCUGGAUCCUUGGAGCCAAUGGCCAACCUUUAUCGAGAAUGGUCACUGGAACAGGAUCAGCUAUUGUGGGAAAAUCGGCAAGAGUCUACUGCUUCAAUAGCUUCCCUAUUGGGAAGAGGAUUGCGGGGAGUAGAAGCGCGGCUGUCAAAGCUGAAGGACGUCCGGAGUCCGGCGUAUGAACGUCUCUUUGCCGACAAAUGUAAAAAGCACAAAACUUGUCUACUUGAGGAUUCCCAAGCCAAGAUACCUGCAUCUGAGGUGCUCCGACGAGUGCAGUACGACCAUCUACUGUCGCCAUCAGACUUCUAUAUAUUGCAUUUCGAUCGCGUGGACGAUGCAAUUAUCGAGUCUCGAAUGGAUGCGCCAAACGAUUCAAUCUCAGGAACAGCUACGACUUUAGUAGAUGCUCUACCUGAGCACCGCAUUAUUGCCAUUAAGUUCCGCGAACAAGUCGUGUGGGACCGCGAAAAGCGUCUUGACCUCGUAUUUGGCAGUGGGGGGAUUGAGAAGGUGAUGAAAGAGUACGAAGUAUGGAAACGCCAAAGAGACGAUGCACAGGAAUGGAAUAGACAACAACAAGCCGAAGUUUCGGAGCGUAUUCGACGCUGCUUGGGACCCGAAAGCUUUGUAGCGCUAAAGGCCCUCUCUUCUUCUUUACAAAUUAAAAUAGCGGACCCAAAGGUGUCGAUCAAAAUUGAAGUGGAACGAUACGUGCACAAGGCGCUUAAUCUUUUCAAGACCGCCCGGGACAAGCCAUCAACAAGCUUAGACCCUGCUCUUAUUCCAUCAAGUGACUAUAAAGCUCUCGAUAUGUUGUCGGAGCUGGUUGCGCUUCUUCCAGAUUCCGAGCUCCGUCCCAUGAUUUUGACUGAGAUUGCGAUGGAGCUGACGGCGGCCGAAGGCAAAAAGGAGAAAGUUUAUACUGCGAGAGAACUUCCCGAGCUCAAUGAAGAUGAUUUGACGGAGACAUUUGUUCGUGGAUCUGGUCCGGGUGGCCAGAAGACUAACAAAACUUCCAACAAGGUGGCGCUUCUGCACGGACCGACUCAGCUGCGUGUGGAAUGCCAAGAUACUCGGUCUCUCCAACAAAACCGCAAGAUCGCAAGGAAGCGGCUGCGUGCCAAAUUAGACGAAUUUUUGAAUGGCAAUCAAAGCAAAAGUAAUCUAGAGAAGCAGAAGGCUGCCUCCAAAAAGUCCAAAACCAAGGCACGAAAUAGAGCUCGGCAACGAAAGCGCGAGGAGGCUGAUAAUGUUUAA